AUGAAGGAAAGAGUUGAAUUAAACAAUAAUGGAAGAUCCAUCGAAUCGCACUGCAAAUUGUUUCAAAACAAGAAGUGGGAGCCCCGAUAUAUUAUUUGCAAGUUACAAUGCGAUUUGGAAGACCCUCUACUCACGGUCUACAAAACGUGUAAAGACCGGCAGAAGAACAAAGCCAAGCAGUCAUUCCUUCUUCGGAACUACAUCGGGUUUGAGAAAAGUUUCCCGCUGAAGAAUAAAAAUCAAACGUUAACGGUUAUAACGAAAGACCAUAAUGUUGUAUUGGCAUUUCAACUACCUGAAACACUAUUGCAAUGGGAGACGUGGUUCAAGAAUGUGGGUGGUCAAAGCACGACACAUUACAUGCAGCUGCUAAAGUUUCCGAAUCAACAGGAUAAUGUAUCGUUCAUCAAUAAAGAAGUCAGGUGUCAUCUUCAUGACUCUCGCCUUGCAAUUGUCCAUGGAUAUCCUGCAGAAACAUUAUUGUACUGUGAAGUUGCAGGUGCAAGCAUCACAACAGAUCACAUGAAUCAUCGCGUCACGAUAACCCCGAAUGAUGGGUCCAGUGAAUUUCUUUUCUGUUGUCCAUCAAUCGAAAUGUUCUCACGACUGCUCAAAAAGGCAAAUGAAGACGACGGUUCAUUAAAUCUAUAUUUGAACAAAAAACACGCAGAAGGAGUAUGGCUUCAGAAUAUUGGAAACCGUACACGAAAGCAUCAAGAUUCGAUCUCAGGACUGUCUGGCACCUUUAGCGGUUGGUUUAACCCAAUGAAACCAACGACGCCAUCAAUCAAUCAAAGCGAGAUUUUUUCGUCGCGUGCGGCUAUCAACACCCUGGGUAUUCGGAAUCCGGGAUCGAAGACGCCAGUCGGAAGUUUGAAAUUUCUAAACGGAUUGCUGCCCGACUUGAUAUUGUCGUCGCCGCCAGUGAUAACCGCCGCUGAAACGCCGGUAGUUUACCCAUCACAACAAAUCACAUCAACUUCAGAAUCACCAGUGCUUUCAACAACAGACAACUCUCCUUAUUUGGGAUCAGAAGCAAAACAACGAAGUACAAGUUUGCCCGAAUAUGUCAACGUCUCGCAUGUCAUACGACCGACGCCACCAUUACCCGAAGAACCUAGUCGAACCAAUCAUCACGAAGUCAUACAUCGCAAGGCUUCAACCAUGACCACACCUGCUCGUGAGUCACCGCGGUUUUCAAAUUGUGGAGAGCAUAAAGAUUUCAUGCCAAAUCGAAUUCCCUCAAAGGGAAGGUCAAUGAUGGAUUUCUCAACAUUACCAUAUGAAGAUUCAGGCAGUCGAUAUGAAAGUUGGCGGAGAGCAAAAAAGUUCAUUUCUGCAUUCAGUCAAAAGUCUCACCAAGAUUUGUAUAAAAGUGCUCCAAAGAUUGGUAAACGGAAAGCUUCAAGUACAAGUGCAUUGACAUAUCGAACGCAUGAAUCGAAACAUAGCUUUGCCCUGUCCACUUCAAGUAGCAGUGAAGUUGAUGAGCUUCCGCCGCCAGCGCUCAAUGUAGCUGUGACAAAUCCAGCACCACCGUUAAUACCCAGAAAAGACAAGUCCAAUGAACCUGAGAUCAUUCCAGCCGGUUUGGUACGUCUACGCGAAGAGGGUUCUUUGAAAAUGAGAGGAGGUGUAAAUAUUGCGUUGGCUCGAAGAUUAGCUGCCGGGAUCAAUGGAUCAUUUACGAAAUAUGACGGCGAUCGAGGUACCCACGUGUACCCUCAAACUCCUGAAGAGAAGGAACGAAAAAUUGAAGAAUUCAUCGAGGAAAGACGACGCACGGCAUCUACCAGGAAAGUGGAAUCUCCGGAUUUUUCAAACGACGUUUUGGGAAAAGUAGUUUCAAACGAAACCGAAAAGUUUCGACUUAUGGAGCGUCGAGCAUCAUCUGUGUCAUUUAAUAAAGCAAACGCUGUACAAAUUUCACUUUUGAAUGAGAACCAAAAAAAAGCGGCCGCUUUGAUCACAAAUCAUAAUCGGGAAAAUUCGCAGUCAGAAAGCAUGGCAUCUUCAUCAGAAUCCCUCUCAUCAGAUGCUCGUUCGAAAAUUUCCAUAAAAAAACGAAGCAACUCCCCUCCGCGAACCGUCGCCCCGUGCAUUCUACCAAAGCAGCCGAGCCAACGAACACUGACCCUCCAACAACAAUCGUCUUCGUCAAUUGAUUCACUCAAUUCAACACAAACAACGCGGACCACGUCAUCUGUUCGAUUGCCGACACGGAUUCUUGUUAAUCAAUCUUCAACAAGUAGUGAAGGAAGUUCCGGGAAAUCACAGCACUAUUUCGAGAGCAAAGUUGGUCCGAAAACGAGCAGCACAAGCCACCCGUCGGAUUCUUCUCACUACAUUCUAGGCAGACAGGAUUCACGACGAAUGUCCGAGGGUCAAGGAAGUAAUUCCUCAGAUGCGAUGGCCCAGGCACGGAAGGGAUAUUUUCGGAAAAAUAAUAAGACGCGGAGGAGCAACCGACAUCUGGACGACACGUCGCCGUAGCUCCUUUUGAGUGACGUUAAAAUUCAAACUAAAAUUAAAAUUUUAAAAUUAGAUCCUGUGUCAAUAUUAAUUUAGGACUCGAACCUGUUUAGUGAAAAAAAAAAUCAAAUUUUGAGCCUUCCCAUUUUUUAAUACGGGUAAAUAUUUUUCUAUUUGACACUAUAAUUGAUCGGUUACAAAUAAAUAACUUUAUUAUU